AGAGAUAUUUGUUUCCCCUUCGUGUUGGAUAAAUAAUUACGAAUUUCCCUUUUGAAGAGUAGUACUGUUUUUCUUUUUUCUUUUUCCUUUUACCCUUUUGGGAGUUUGGGUUUUGUUCUUUUCCGAAGGAAUGUGAAGUUCAAAGUACGAAAUGGAAGAAGGAUUUUGAUUUCAGUUUUUUAGUGCUUCUUUUUUUCUCGGCAACCAAACAGGCUGAAGUUAUUUGAAAAAUGUAAAAGAGGUACGCGAAGAGGUCGAAAAAUAUGGCUAGAGAGAAGAGAUGUUUGGAUUCCAUGAGCUCUGGAGAUGAAGGUCCCGCUAUGAAAAAACCAGCUCUUGCCAGUGUGAUUGUUGAAGCUUUAAAGGUGGAUAGUUUGCAGAAACUGUGUUCAUCAUUGGAGCCUAUUCUUCGUAAAGUUGUCAGUGAAGAAGUGGAACGUGCUUUAGCAAAACUAGGCCAUCCCAAGCUUAAUAAUGCUAAGUCUUCAUCCUCUUCCCCUAAACGGAUAAAAGGGCACGAUGGAAGAAACUUGCAACUAAAAUUUAAGUCAAAGCUUUCCCUCCCUCUCUUUACCGGAGGGAAAGUGGAAGGGGAGCAAGGUGCUGCUAUCCACGUCUCAUUGAUUGAUGCAAACACCGGUCAUGUCGUCACAGGUAGCCCAGAGUCGUGGGCCACACUAGAUGUGGUCGUGCUUGAGGGAGAUUUCAAUAAUGAAGAUGGUGAUAAUUGGACUCAAGAAGAAUUCGACAGCCAUGUUGUCAAGGAGCGUGAAGGGAAAAGGCCACUUCUAACGGGCGAUUUGCAGGUGAUACUAAAAGAAGGUGUGGGAACAUUAGGGGAACUUACAUUUACAGACAACUCAAGUUGGAUAAGAUGCAGGAAAUUCAGAUUAGGCCUAAAAGUUGCUUCUUAUUCUUGUGAAGGCAUCCGUAUUCGAGAAGCGAAAACAGAAGCCUUCACGGUUAAAGAUCAUCGAGGAGAAUUAUACAAAAAACAUUAUCCACCUGCAUUAAAUGAUGAAGUGUGGAGAUUGGAGAAGAUUGGAAAAGAUGGGUCGUUUCACAAGAAGCUAAAUAAAGCUGGGAUCUUCACUGUUGAAGAUUUUCUAAUACUUGUGGUUAGGGACUCACAAAGGCUGAGAAAUAUUCUUGGAAGUGGAAUGUCUAAUAAGAUGUGGGAUGUGUUGGUGGAACAUGCAAGGACUUGUGUUCCAAGUGGGAAAGUUUAUGUUUAUUACCCUGAUAAUUGGAGGAUUUUGGGCAUUGUAUUUAACAGCAUCCAUGAGUUCAGUGGCCUAAUAUCCAAUGGACAAUAUUGUGCAGCCGGUUCUCUUUCGGACAAUCACAAGGUUUAUGUGGAUGGCUUGGUAAAGAAGGCAUAUGAAAAUUGGAUGCAUGUUAUAGAGUAUGAUGCUAAGUCUUCACCAGGCAGUAACGAAGACGAUAAUACAGGUUGUUCAAAAGCAAAUGUUCCAAUGGAUCUACAAGCUUAUCCAAGCCAUCACCAGGUUCUACCUAGCCUGUUAGUUCCAGAGCAGCCUCCCAUGGAUUCUGGUCUGAAUGUUGGAGAUCCCAUGGCUGCCAGUCAACUGCCGAUGCAAUCACAAAAUGCACGUCUCAAUGCUCAGACGACUCAGUUAAACGGUGCUUUAUUCACUGAGUUAAACGAUAACGAGCUAACUCAUCAUUGUCCAUCUCAUUCAUCCUCCAAGCCAGGUUUCCAUGGCGUUGCCGCGUCUAACAUUCCUCCGUUCAAGGCGGAAGCCGAUGAUUUCUUGUCGGAGGAAGAGAUCAUAAUGAGAAGCAACGAGGUGCUGGAGAACGAAGACAUGCAGCACCUGCUUCGUGUCAUUAACAUGGGAAGCCAUGGCCAUGGUGCAUCCAAUCCUUGUUCAUCGACAUACAUGCCCACCGCGCCCUCUUUGAACUGUGGUUUCAACAAGGAAGAAGCUUUGAGUUCGUCGGGGAAAGCCGUGGUGGGGUGGCUGAAGCUCAAGGCGGCGCUUAGAUGGGGCGUUUUCACUAGGAAGAAGGUGGCUGAAAGGCUGGCACGCCUUGUUGAGUUGGAUGAAUAUUCAUAGGCAAAACUAUGGAUAUGGUGUUGGAAUGAUUCAUACAACUCGAGUACGCAAGUUACAACUAGUUCGGGAUAAGUUUACGAAGUAUCGUUUUUUCUAAAACACAUUUGAUAUAUCUUGAGUGAGAGUAUUGUCUUUCAAUUAUAUUGAAAAGCAAUAUAUGAAGAAAUAACGAUAGUCGCAGAGAAAUAAUGCUUUGUCCGUAAAGAAAUCCCGUAUUUAUAUUUAAUGGAAUUUCAACCCAAGCCCUAUAGCUUACAGGGCAUUGUUCAGCUAA